AUGAGCGCUGGGCAUGAAUUCUCUCUGACUGGGUCAUACUUGGUCUCAAAUACCCGGGGACUGCACGUAGGGGCGCCACCGUCGGUUAGCUUGGGUAAGCCCCUCGAGGAGCCACGUGGCAAGCAUGUGGCCAGCAAGCAGGCCAGUGGUUCUCUAUAUGUACACGGAUCCAUCAAGUCCAAUCGGGUGUUGAUUGGAGGACCUUUAUAUAAAGACAGGAAGCGCAAGAGACGGCUCUCAGAAACAAUACGAGAAACAAUCGAGAGAGAGAAACGAAAACGAGAACAGCAGGAAGAAUCUGAAACAAGCUCUCAGACUGGUACAACGGGCACAGAAGAGGAUGAUCUUGCUUCUGCAACCUCAGAGGUUGAGAGCACCACCGCUGAGGAGGAGGAGGAGGAAGAGGAGGAGAGUGACGAGGAGACAAUAGAGCGCCUCUUCCCUAUCAGCAUCCCAGAGAACCUCAAAUAUGUCUUAGAGAAAGAUCGUCAGAACAUUAAUGAUAAGGAUAUGCUUCUAGACCUUCCAACUGAAAACACAGCCUUGAACCUAUUAGAAAAUUAUGUGAAAUUUUUCGCUGUCCGUUACCUGGCUCGCACUAAAGAGAAAAGGAGAAGUGAAGUCAAAGAAAAGGACAAAACUUUCCUGACCCUGGACUUGUGCAAAGAGGUAAUGGAUGGAAUUCGUAUUUGUUUUGAUUUCCACAUUGAAACACAUCUUUUGUAUGCGAAAGAACGAAGACAAGCUGAGCGCCUAAGGAGUGCGCAGCCACUCUAUGCAAAAAGAUAUUUAGAACCAACAAAAGACUUAUCACUGGCUGUUGAUGAUAAAGAAAAUUUUGAGGGCAUGACAAUAAACAAGGAAGAGCCAGAUGAAGAAGGGAAGUCGAAGGUGGAUAAAGCCUCAAAGGAAGAGGAAAGAGCCAAAGAUACACCAGGGCGUCGACAGUUGCGUUCAAAAAGACCACUUUCCGGGGACUCAAGUAGUACUGAGAAGGAGAAGAACCUUACAAAUUUAGCAUGUGAAUCUGGUCGUAGUACCCCAACUACUGUUACCUCUGGUGCAAGCAUAGCAGGGAUAGGUGGCUUGGCAAGAACAGAUUUCACUUUGCCACUGAGUUAUCGUUCAAUUCAGCCUCAUCUACAAGACUGGACAUUGCUCCCAGAGACACACCGAGACCCUCCUCCUCCUUCACUCAUCUAUGGACCUUUACAUCUACUAAGGCUGUUUGUGAAGUUACCAGAAAUCUUGUUCCGCAUGAAUCUCCCAGAAAUCAAAAGAAGGAUAAUUAUCAAACACCUGGAAUUAUUUUUAGAGUAUGUCAGCAGUCAUAGUGAUGAACUUUUCAUGGAGUCCCAUUACAUUCCAAAUCCAGACGUGUAGCUGACUUUUAUUAAUGGAAGGAAUUCUUAUUGGGCCAGAGAUAUGAAUUCAGCUUCGUGUUCUUCAAAACAGCAGUGUGUAAAAUUGAAGCAACAGAAGUGUUUUGAAAGGAACUGAAUGACUUUUUUUCAAAUAUUUGUCUUAAAAGUACAACUGCAAACAAGAAUAUAUGAUGUAUUAUAUGUUCACCAGAAACUGUGAAUUAUGUAUCAGUUCUAGAAAAGUCUAAAGAGUUGUGCAUCUGGAAGCUAAACCAGCCAUAUCAAGAAGGAAAAUUCUUUUCAGACAUAUUUAUUCUAACUGAUGUUGGGAAUACAUUGGAAUUUUUCAUUACCGAUGACUAGCUUUUGCAGUUUUUCGAGAAAGUUUAUUUAUAUUACUGAUGGGGUAUCCAUCCUUUCCUGGAAAUAAGAUUGUUUUAGGAUUUAUCUAGAUAUUGGGUAUUUUGAUGUAUGUUACAUGCAUUAAAAUGCCUUUAAACAUACAUCUUAGAUUAUUAUUAACUCUGUAGAAUUACAGAAGAUAUAUGAUUGUGUAUCUCCUAAUAAUUUUAUAGAUAACAUGUGUUUUUAUAAACUUAAAAUAAUCAGCUUUUUGUUGUUCCUGUAUGAAAAUGUAGAUGCGGAAGAAACUUCUUAAAAAUUUUUACUUUGAUGAUUUAAAUUAAAAGUUAGUUUUAGAAACAGUCUCUAAACAGAGUGAUUUUGUCAUAGGCUAAUAAACUCAUAAGAAAAUGUAAAUAACUUUUAGCAUUGGCAUCUGUCAGAUAUAGAAAUAAAACUAAAGCAACAUGCUGCUGUUAACUGACUUUCUUCUAGAUUGUAGUAUUGUGUAUUUGAACAAGAAUUAAAGAUUCUGGAUUAUUUUUUAUUGUUUUGUUAUUACUAAUAUCAAUUUUGAAUUUACUGUGUUUGUUAUAUUUAUUGAAUCUGGGCCACAGUAUUCUUCAAGUACAUUAUAGUAGACAAGAUGAGUGAAUGUUACACAGCUCUUUUUGUAAAAUAAUGAUAUUUAUGUAUGUGAUUCACAAAAUAAAAAUGUUAGUAUUGA